UGCGUCCUCAGUCGCCUGGCCGUGCUCACUUCGUGCAAUCCCAUGGACAACUCUUGACCUCAGGCGAUAACGCACACCUUUCACCCAACUCGCUCUCGCCAACAGCACCGUCUUUCCAACGCUCCUCGCUUGACGGUCCGAGAGGCCAUUCCCCUUCGCCAUCGGCGUUUUCAUACGAUGGCUCAACGCUCCACGCUCCACCUUCACCAACCCUAUCUACACAGUCCUCUGUCCAUUUCAAGACUACUGUUAAUCUACGCGAUAACAAGCCCGAAGAGCACAACGGUAUCUCUUCUCUCGGUCUCCUCACACCUGGAAACGAUGGCCGCGCAACCCAUAGGCGCAAAGGAAGCAACGCCACCUUUGCCUCACUUGAUGCAGCUAGUAGCGCGGAAGGGACAGAACCAGACCACGAUGCUCUGGGUCUCAACCUUAACGACUUGCAUAGGGCAAAGUCUGACGCAACAAAACGCCAGAAGCGCUCGCGCCGCCCCAAAUCCAUCAGAAGCGACUCUUCAGACCCCGACAUCCCCCUCUCGGACAGGCAGCGCCACCCCGGACAACGCGGGAGUACGUCCUCGCAGCAGGAUCCGCAGAAUGUAUCUGAAGAGAACGGUCGCAUCAGCCAGGUUGAGCUAGCUCAGGACUCUGAGGUCGACCCUGGUCCCUUUGCCUUCCGUCCUUAUCAAUUGGCAUCUCUGCUUGAUCCGAAGAAUUUGGAUGCGCUAGAAGAGCUUGGGGGUACAAAGACUAUUCUACGAGGUUUGGGGACCCAUCGAACAAAGGGUCUGCGGACGUCAGAUAAGCCCUCUUCGAUCGAAGAGGCACGACCGUCCGGUGCCGGUGCCGGCGAAGGCGCGUCGCAGUCACAUGACCGGAAUUCCAACUCCUCAUCGGACCUCCCUGGCAUCGUCGUCACUGGUCCGGACAGCGAGGCAGCACCAAUGGGCAAUGGGCCAGACAGCGGAGAUUCAGACGGCAGCGGGGCGGCAUUCACCGCCCUCAUGUCCGAGCGAAAGCGGGUUUUCGGCGAGAACGUGCUUCCCCGGCGCGAGACUAAGAGUCUCAUCGCUCUCAUGUGGCUUGCGCUCAAGGACAAAGUUUUGGUUGUGCUGUCAAUUGCUGCGGUCGUUUCCCUCGCAUUAGGUUUAUUCCAGGACUUCGGCACUACAACACAGGAAGGGCCAAAGGUAGACUGGGUAGAAGGCGUUGCUAUCAUGGUUGCGAUUCUCAUUGUGGUUCUCGUAGGAUCUCUCAACGACUGGCAAAAGGAACGUCAGUUCCAGACGCUCAACGAGAAGAAAGACGAACGUGGUGUCAAAGUCAUAAGAAAUGGUAUCGAGCAUGUCAUCGAUGUCAAGGAAGUGGUUGUCGGUGACAUCGCUUUGCUAGAACCUGGUGAGGUGGUCCCUUGCGACGGCAUCUUUCUGUCUGGACACAACGUCAAGUGCGACGAGUCCGGUGCUACGGGCGAGUCCGACGCAAUCAAGAAGCUGUCUUACGAGGAGUGUAUCGCUCCGAAGUAUCAGAGUAGCGCUGGCGGAAGGGACAUCUCCUCUCACACGGAUUGUUUCAUUGUUAGUGGAAGCAGGGUUUUGGAGGGUGUUGGAAGCUACAUGGUGAUUGCUGUGGGGACGAAGAGUUUCAAUGGGCGAAUUAUGAUGGCUCUGCGUACCGAUGCUGAAAAUACGCCACUGCAGCUCAAGUUGAACGCCCUUGCCGAGACUAUUGCCAAAUUAGGCAGUCUCGCCGGCAUUGUCCUUUUCGUCGCGCUUCUGAUCCGCUUUUUUGUGGAGCUGGGUACUGGAAAUCCAGAAAGAAAUGCGAAUCAGAACGGUAUGGCGUUUGUCAACAUUCUCAUCAUUUCAGUUACCAUUGUCGUCGUUGCUGUGCCUGAGGGCUUGCCUUUGGCGGUCACGUUGGCGCUUGCGUUUGCUACAAAGCGGAUGACGCGUGAGAACCUACUAGUCCGUGUCUUAGGAUCAUGCGAGACCAUGGCGAACGCAUCAGUGAUCUGCACGGAUAAGACGGGAACACUUACGCAGAACUCGAUGACCAUCGUAGCCGGUUCGAUUGGUAUUCACGCGAAAGUCGUCCGGAAUCUGGAGGGGAACCAGUCCCGAACGAACGCGGAUGACGAAGGCGGCUCAUCAAAUCAGACAUCUGACGAUUUCUCUGUGGACCUUACCCAGCUCAACGACGUCCUCACGCUCCGAGUUCGCGAGCUGUUCAACGCCUCCAUUGCUAUCAACUCUACGGCCUUUGAGGACGAGGACCCUGUCUCUGGAGAGCGUGUUUUUGUGGGCAGCAAGACGGAGACGGCACUUCUCAAGUUCGCUAAGGAGCUGCGUUGGGAAAAUUACAAGCAGGUCAGAGACGAUGCCGAUGUUGUGCAGAUGAUACCCUUCUCUAGCGAACGCAAAGCCAUGGGCGUUGUUAUGCGACUUCCGAACGGACGCUGCCGUCUCUUCGUCAAGGGCGCUAGCGAGAUUCUUACCAAGCUCUGCGUCCGGCAUAUCGUCGUUUCUCGCAACGGUUCCGACAACGAUACCGAUCGCGGUGUCCAGACUACGGAAAUCGACUCUACCUCGAGCGAGAAUAUUUCUCGCACAAUCAUCUUCUACGCCAACCAGAGCCUGCGGACCAUCGCACUUUGCUACCGCGACUUCGAGCACUGGCCACCCCCCGGCAUCUCGGCUGACAAGGAGGCUCCUUAUGAUGACAUUGUCAAAGAGCUAACUCUUCUCGGUGUCGUCGGUAUUGAGGAUCCUCUCCGCGAGGGUGUACCCAAAGCCGUCGAGGACUGUCGAAAGGCCGGCGUUCGCGUUAAGAUGGUUACUGGCGACAAUGUUCUGACAGCUAGGUCGAUCGCUUCGCAGUGUGGUAUCUUUACCCCGGGCGGCAUGAUCAUGGAAGGUCCAGUAUUCCGGCAACUCAGUGACAAAGAAAAGCUCGAGGUCGUCCCUUAUCUGCAAGUUCUUGCUCGUUCAUCCCCGGAAGACAAGAAAGUGCUUGUAGAGAAGCUUCGCGAACUCGGAGAAAUUGUCGGUGUCACUGGUGACGGCACGAAUGACGGCCCUGCCCUUAAAACUGCUCAUGUUGGCUUCUCGAUGGGCAUCGCUGGUACCGAGGUCGCCAAGGAGGCAUCAGACAUCAUUCUUAUGGACGACAACUUCUCCUCGAUCGUCAAGGCCAUCAUGUGGGGUCGCUGUGUCAAUGAUGCCGUUCGCAAGUUCCUGCAGUUCCAGGUCUCGACUAACGUUACCGCUGUCAUAAUUACUCUUGUGACCGCUGUCGCCUCCGUCGAAGAAGAGUCUGCACUGUCUGCUGUACAGUUGCUCUGGAUCAACAUUAUCAUGGACACUUUUGCCGCCCUCGCUUUGGCCACGGAUCCCGCUUCACCCGCUCUGCUCGACCGUGCGCCCACGAAGCAGAGCGAACCCCUCUUCACCGUCGAUAUGUACAAGCAGAUCUUGUUCCAAUCGAUUUAUCAGAUCCUCAUCAUCCUUCUCUUCCACUUCCUGGGCCUUCAGAUCCUCGGGCUGGAGAAUACCACACAGAACCAGACUGUCGUUCAGACUUUGGUCUUCAACGCUUUUGUCUUUGCGCAAAUCUUCAAUUCGUUCAACUGUCGGAGGUUGGAUCGCAAGCUGAACAUCUUCGAGGGCAUGCUGAGCAACUACUACUUCAUGGGUAUCACCCUUGUCGAAAUUGCUGUCCAAAUAUUGAUCGUGUUCAUCGGUGGCGCCGCAUUCCAGGUUACGCCAGUCGACGGCAAAGUAUGGGGUAUCUCCCUUGCUCUUGGUGUCGCCUCGAUUCCUAUAGGUGCUUUGGUCCGUCUGCUGCCUAAUGGACUCUUCGAACGGCUGUUCAAGCUCGUCCGACUCCUUCCCUCGGAUGAGGAAAUUCUUCCCACGAUUCGCCCCGACGCCGAGUGGAACUCUGCUAUCCAGCUCGUAAAGGAUAACUUGGCUACUUUCUCCAAUGUUCGGGGUGGUCGUAUGCGAUCCUCGUCAUUUGUCGUCAAGAGCCGGUCUGCUCGUCUCCAGGAUGAACGCCGUGUAACCAUGCCCUCGCUGAUGACGAUGGUGCCGACGCUCAUUGCUUCUUCUAUCGGAGCGGGCUGGGCCCCUCACACGACUGGCUCCCUCUCUGACCCUGCUAGGUUCGACCCAUCUCUGUCGUCCGCUGCUCUCUGGGAGGGCAAGGUUCAGAUCCAUCCGGACACGAAAUCUGACGACGACCUCAUCAAGAAAUGGGGAGGUAAACUUCCUCGGACGCCGCCUGGAGCUAGGACACCGCAACCACGGACACCUCCCGUCUGAUGCCUAUCACGAUCCUAGACAUUUGACGUUUUGGACUGCAACCACAUUUCACCAGAAUUCACCUACUCUAGCAGGCUUACUUCUAUAAUUCCCGUUACCUUCAUCUCUUGAAGUUUCACUUGCAUGUAAUGGGCUUCCGAUUGCACACACCAGCUCUGCCGCAUAAAUCACGCAAGCAUCACAGCAUUCUUCCUGUCGCAUAAUCAACACAACCCCCUUGCAUACGACCUUUGCACGAACCCUUGUCAUGAUUCGCACUAGUCAAUUUCAAUGACAUAUAUUAAUCUAUAUAUUUUCGAGUGGAACGUUGGAGACGUUCCGUCGUCGUGUUACUCCUCGAGUCACCUAUAUAUACGUGAAUUGAUAUCACCUCUCCCUUAGACUUCAGAUCUGCAAUCAAACCUCAUAGAACUACCGCACAACUCCACAAGUUGGUGUACAUUUGCAUACG